ACGCCGUGAGGAUUCAUACUCCGUAGUACGGAAGUACGCCGGAUUUCAUCCUCAUCACUACUCAGCGAUGGCGCAGGGCAAGAACAAGUUUAAAGCGCAGAGACCCGGAGGGGCGAAAAAACAAACAAACAAACCCAAAGGACCGAAGAAAGGCGGUCGGAUCAUCGCUCCGAAAAAAGCAGCGAUAGUUCAGCAGCAGAAACUAAAAAAGGGUCUGGAGGUGGCCAUCAGGAAUAAGAUUGAACAUGAGGUGACUCAGAAAGCCAGCACGUCCUUACACAAGAGACUGAGUGUCCUGAAAACCCCCCAGGGGAAAGCAGGAGCAGCAGGAAACACCAAAACCACCAACGCUGCACCCUCUAAAUAAUCUACACCACAAUCUACACCAUACGGACACAAGUUUGUGGACACCUGAGCAUAAUUGUUCAUAUGUGCUUCUUAUUUGAUCAUCUCAUUCAUCAUUGUUUGUAAUUCCGUGUAUGAGCACUAGGUGGUGACAGAACCUGCAUUAUGUGUUUGAUGUAGAAAAGGAUAUUCAUCAGGCAUUGGAAUACUGAAUAAAAAAAAUGAA